GAGCUUAUCUUUGCAACACCUGUACCUUGUUUUACCAUUCCAUUUCCAAAAAAUUGUUACGAGAUGACGAAUGCUGAAGCCGCAGAAUAUCCUUGCAGAUGUGCCACGCACGGGGAAGUGUACCCAGUACUCAGAUCUGAUUGUGACGCUGCAUUGCCCAAUUUGAGGCCAUCACGCUGCCCCAAAACUUUGUAGGUCUGAAAGUCCAUUUCUUGCUGUCUACUUCCAAACACUAUGCGUCUGCUAUUGUGGAGUGGUUGUCUGAAUCCAGUCCUCUUCUUCUACUGCAACUCGAGAGGUCGAGUAGAUCUUCCUCUACUGGAGUACUACUACCACUACUAGCACCAAGACUAUUAGCGCUUGCCCGAGGAUUCCGUGUCCGUUCGUUUCAACGACUUUGAAGGUUGUCGGUCGCAUGGACACGACACGACGACAGCAUUCAAAAUCGAGAACAUAGCGAAUUUGUUCUAAGUGCUGUUGGAUAUUCCCGCGCUGUUGCGUGCGUUCCAGUUCGAAAAUUAGCUGCCCUGUAGUGUUUCUUCCAAGCUGCCAGAUUGACUUUUCAGCAGCACUUGCUUCCCUCCCUCUGCUCAUCUCUUGCUGUGGUUCCUUUCUUUUCAACGACGUGUGAAUCUAGUUCCCCAAGUCAGUUAGUUAGUUACCGAGUCUGUAUGUGCAAGUGUGUAACUCACAUAUGCUCAAAAGUUGCUUUGUUACUUCUCUCAUCUCUUCUACUCGUCCUGCGUGCCAACUUACUCCUUCACAAAUUUCAAAAAGUUCAAGUUACGUCGCAGUAGUGUCCAAGAGUGCGAGCUACGGUUUCAAUCGUUUGUCUGACCAGUUCCUCCAUCCCAAAUCUUUGGCGAUUUCCUUCCUUCGAAUCCGACACGGAAAUGCCACAGGAGGACGACACUGCCAGGAUUUCAAGGAAUCUCGAAGGGAAUACAUGUUCUAUGCAGUCAAAGACUCGAAGGAUUCUUUUUACGUGAAUCUGACUCCAGAGGUGGGAAUGUCAUCAUCACAGUUGGGCUCGCUGGCUACAGACGAGCCUAGUUUAGGCCAGAUUAACACUCUGGCAAAGAGACACAGACAAAUGUCGUCAUUAGUCUUUUCAAUCGAAGCGUUGUUGGUGGACUGGGUUGGUAUGUUGUUCCUCGGUUUCCCGUUUUGACCUCGGUCAAACGGUCACGGACAGCCUCUCACCAUGUUAAGAGGUCCUGUGAGUGAAUCAGAGAAAGAGAGAGAGAGAUAGAGAGUGUGUGUAUGUGUGGUGAAAAUGCUGCUGUUGUCCUAUUGGAGCUUUGAUUCUUUCUCAAUAUUUUGUACUAAGCAUCAGCUUUAUAUUUCACUUCCUUGACCGAGGUUAUACAGGAAUUCUCUACUUAAACAGAUGUUUACAUUGAUAAUCGACA